AUGGCGGAGGAGAAUGAAAAGCCAGUCUUUUUCUUCGACAUCGACAACUGCCUGUACUCGAAGAAUCUUGGAAUCCACGGCAUGAUGGCGAAGUUGAUAGACGAAUUCUUCCAAAAUCAUUUGAGUCUAUCGCAGGAUGAAGCAAACGAACUUCAUUACCGAUACUAUAAGGAAUAUGGCCUUGCUAUUGAAGGACUUGUCAAGCACCACAAGGUCGAUGCCUUGGAGUACAACAGCAAAGUCGACGACGCACUACCUCUCGAAGACGUCAUCAAGCCAGACCCUGAACUCCGGAAAUUGAUAGAAGAUAUCGACACAAGCAAGUUCCGUCUAUGGUUGUUCACGAACGCGUACACUACGCACGGAAAGCGAGUAGUCAAGCUGCUACAGGUCGAUGAUUUGUUCGAGGGCAUGACGUAUUGCGAUUAUGGUUCAGACAAGUUCUACUGCAAACCACAAGCACACAUGUUCGAGAAAGCGAUGAAAGAGGCUGGAGUGAAGUCGAAUGAGAACUGCUACUUCGUUGAUGAUUCUUACAUCAAUUGUGAAGCAGCACAAAAACGGGGAUGGAAGGUUGCACAUUUGUUGGAUAAGAAUGACAAAGCACCAGAACAACCCGCAUGCAACUAUCAGAUCAGGAGCUUGCAGGAGCUACGAAAGAUAUUUCCCGAGGCUUUCAAGAGCUCUUAA